CUCCGAUUCUAGCCAGGAGCUUUCGGCUGCUCAGAAGCUCGCCCAGGCUCACGCUACUGCUGCUGAGGAAAUCGCAGCUGUUGAGAACCCCGAUGUCGGUGCCACCUUGGGUGAUGACGCCGAGAACGCGGAGGCCCCUAUUGAGGAAGCCCAGGCUCAGAGGAAGCCUAAGAAGGAGAACAUCGACCUCGCUUCUGAGGAGUUGUUCCCUUCCCUCGGAUCGGCCCCUUCUGCGGCUAAGGCUCCUCUUUGGGGUGCUGGCGCUCCCAAGGCUGCUGCACCCGUCGUUAAGUCUGCCCCAACUGCCUCUGGUAUCACCGUCGAGCGCGUCACUCUCGAGCCCAACCAGCUUGCUCUCCGUCCCAACUUCGGUACCUUCACUCAGUCUAAGAUCCCCGCCGUCGCUGCUCAGGUCAUGACCCGCACGAAGGCCCGUAUUGAGAUUUCAACUGCUCGCAAGACCGGACAAACUACGUUCUUGAUUCGCGGCUCCCCCGAGGUUGUCUCUAAGGCCAAGAGGGAGUUGAUGAAGGAGGUGGCCGCUAAGAUCAAGACCAUUGUCAAGGUCCCUAGCAGGGUCAGGAGGUUCAUCAUUGGUGCUAAGGGUGCUACGCUGAGGGAGAUCGAGACUAAGACUGGUGCACACGUUCAGCUGCCCAAGAGGGAGGAGACCGAUGCUCAGGAGCAUGAGGACUCGGAGGAGGAGGUCAUGGUUGACGUUACUGUCGAGGGUGACUUUGACGGUGUUAGGUUGGCUAAGGAGGAGAUCGAGAAGAUCGUUGACGAGCGGACACAGAACAUCACUGCGCGCGUUGCUGGAAUCGACGCCGCAUUCCUUCCUAUGAUUCAGGCUAAGAUUUCCGAGCUCGAGCAGGGAGACCUCAAGAUCCGCACCACUGUUGUCGAUGACAAGGCUACCGUCAUCCUUUCCGGUGACAAAAAGAUCGUCAACCCCACUAAGGCCCAGAUUGAGGAGAUCUACGCCGAGCUCCAGCGCAACACCACCGCCGUGAACCUUCCCGUUCCCGCCCGGAAGCACCGCUUCUUGACCGGCAAGGUCCAGUCUAUCCUCGAGUCUACCGGCUGCGCAGUCGUUCUUCCCCAGGACGGCUCCGACAACGUCACUGUGCGUGGUCCCUCUGCUCAGUUGGGCCAGGGUAUCGAGGCCAUGAUGAACAUCGUGAACGAGGUCGUCCUCGACGCUCUCGACAUCACCGGUGCCCACCCCAACGCCGAGAGGGGUGCUCAGCGCCACGCUUCUGACGUCGGCAAGUUCCUUGUCAAGUCCGGCGAGAUGGCUUCCAUCGAGAAGGACUUCGGAGUCCAGGUUCAGGUCCAGGAGGCUAACGGUCGCGUUGUCUUCGAGAUCGCUGGUGCGCAGGAGGGUGAGGUCAAGCGUGCGCGAAGGGAAUUGGUUAACGCCGUGAACGCAUUGCAGCCCUACCGCUUCGCCUACGUCGAAGUCGACCCUCUCGUCCGCCGUCAUGUCCAGGGCACCAAGAACAAGAAUGUUCAGAAGGCGAAGCAAGAGCAGGGUAUUGAGGUUUUCUUCGGCGAGGGCGAGGACGCACUCGUUGCCCUCGUUCAUGCUGGAAAGGAGGGUGACUCUGAGUUCUUGGACCGUGAGGUCGUCGGUCAGAGGCUCGGUGCUGUUAAGGCUGAGUUCGAGCAGGCUGCUGGUGAUGCUAAAGACUUUGUUACCAAGGAGAUUCAGGCUGAGGUGAAGUUCCACAAGAUCAUUGUCGGUCCGAAGGGUACUACGCUCAACGCCAUCACCGGUGGACCUGACGCGCCUAUCGUCGUCAAGAUUGGCAAUGACGAGACAAUUUCCAUCCGUGGUCCUUCCAAGGAAGUUGACCGUGUCGCCAAGGAGAUCUUGGAUUUGGUUGAGGAGGCUAAGACUAACGAGGUCUUGAACUCCUACACCCAGUCCUUCGACUUCCCCGCCAAGUUCUCCAAGAACUUGAUCGGUAAGGCUGGUGCUAAUAUCACUAAGCUCCGUGAGGAGCUCGGUGUCAAGAUUGAGGUUGACGAGGGCAAGGUCGAGAUCCAGGGUAUGAAGAAGAAUGUCGAGGAGGCUAAGGCACGUGUUCUUUCUUUGGCUGAGCGCUUGGAGGACGAGACUAUCUAUCGUCUUGCCAUCCCCUUCAAGUACCACCGUGCCCUCAUCGGCCAGGCCGGUAAGUUCGUUAAGCGCUUGGAGGAGAAGUACACCGUCCGCAUCAACUUCCCCCGCGACAACGACGAGGAGGGCGAGCAGCAGUUCACCGACCGUCCCGCAUCCAAGGAUGAGAUCGUCGUUAAGGGUGGAAAGAAGACUGCUGGUCAGGCUAGGGAUGAGUUAAUGGAGUUGUACGAGUACGAGAAGGAGCACGGUUUCACUGAGACCGUUAACGUUCCUGCCCGUGCUAUUUCCCGUAUUGUUGGACGCGAGGGUGCGAAGAUCAACGAGCUCAAGGAUGAGACGGAUACCCGUAUUGACAUCGACCAUGCUGCUGCCAAUGCUAACGGCGGCGACGAGAAUGCUACCGUCGCUAUUGUUAUCCGAGGUACCAAGGCUGGUGUCACCACCGCCAAGAAGGCCAUUCAGGAGAUCGCUGAGGAGAUCGAGCACCAGGUCGAGGAGACCAUCCAGAUUCCUUCCAAGUACCACAGAACCUUGAUUGGAUCUGGUGGUAACAACCUUCGGGACAUCGUGGUUAAGGCUGGAGGACCUGAUGACCGUGUUGCGUUGGCUCGUAUGGUCCGUUUCCCUCGUGCUGGAUCUACGGAUGACAACAUCAACGUCAAGGGUGACCGUGCCCUCGUCGACAAGGUCAUCGCCGAGUUCCAAAAGAUCGUCAAGGAUCUCGAGGAGCGCGUUACUAUCGAGGUCGACAUUGCUGCCGAGAAGCACCGUGUCGUCAUCGGCCGUGCCGGUGCCGCUCGUCGUGACUUGGAAACCCGCUUCAAUGUCUCCAUCGACGUUCCCCGCCAGAAGAAGGACGGUACCCCCGGAUCUGGUGGUAUCAAGGUCACUGGUAAGCAGGAGGAUGUCGAGAAGGCGCAGGAGGAGAUCUUGAACAUGACUAAGGGCGCUGACUCUGUUGUUGUUGUCGUUCCCCGUGCGUUGCACCGUCAUGUUGCUGACGGCGGCAACUUUAUCCGUCAGUUGAGGAGCCAGUACAACGUCUCCGUCGACCACGGACGUGUGCAGCUCCCCAAGCCCGCUUCUAAGCCUAAGGCUAAGGAGACCAACGGUGAUGCUCCCCGUAUUGACGACGAGGAUGCUGCGGCGCCUAGCAAGGGUUACGCUUGGGAGGUUGUGGAUGAGGGUGCGGAUGAGGAGGCUGGAGAGGACAUCCCUUGGAACCUCCGCGGUGAGGAGGCCAACAUCGAGAAGGCCAAGGAAGCCAUCGAGAAGCAGAUCGAGGCUGUCAAGGGCCAGCAAUUCACUGGCUAUCUCGUUGUGCCUGCGCACAAGCACAGGUUCAUCGUUGGUCAGGGUGGUUCCCGCAUCCAGCAGAUCAGGGCCGAGACUGGUAGCAGAGUCGAUGUCCCCAGGGCAAAGGGUGAUGAGGUUGUUGUUAUCAAGGGAGGAAAGGACAAUAUCGAGAAAGCUCGUCAGAUGAUUUUGGAGGCUACAACUGCUCCUGGUACGCCUCGCGAGAGGAGAUAAAAAGGUUCUUUAGCAUUUUAGCAUCAACAUUCGCGAGCGAAAUGAGAUUUGAGGAAGUUUGAGGAAGCUUCAUGUACGUUAUAUAAAAUGGAAUUUUUGCCGAGU